AUCGUUUAAUCGAAUAAGCAUGCAAACAGGAAAUGACUUGCACGAUCCACCUACCUUUGGGGGCUGGAGUUCCUUGGGCAGGCAGUGGUUGUACAGCCAUAUAUUCUCACUCGCGUAUAGCGGGUAGCGGGACGUAUGAGCUCGUCCCGUCUGGAGGUUGCCUGGACCUUUUCUCAAACCACAGCGCUGGUUUCGAGCUUCGCCGCACGUAUAGUUGCUGAUUGCGCAACUCACGCCUCCUCCGCAUUCUGCGACCUGCAUAGAGAGGAUCGCUAUGGUGAAUCUAUCGACUAAGAGUCUCCUGGCUCUUGUUUGGGCCUGCGCUGCGCUUGCGACGCCGUUAAUCACCGAACCGGUAUGGAGUCAUGACCUUACAGCUCGUGAUGAUACGCCUUGUCCGGAUACUGGGUACACAUCAAGAAAUGGGAUGAAUUUUACGACAUACUGCAAUUCGAACAACGGUGGUAAUGAUGCUAUGGAAAGAAAGUGGUUCACAUCUCCCUCCAUGGCAGAUUGCAUGGAGCAUUGUUCGCGAUACUGGGGCAACAGCGAAGGUUGCUACGGCGUUGUAUGGCGCGAAGACAACAAAUGCUGGAUACGCAACAGCAAUACCACCGUGAGCGGCGUCAAACCUUCUACCGAUAAAACACACUCCGCGCUCAUAGCCGCCAACACGUACGCGAGAAUCGACCCGACCUGCCCGGAUACCGACUUGUCGACGCACACAAUCGACGGCGUUCCGGGACUGGGAUACACACUGCAUUGUAACAAGGUCAUUGGUGGUUACGACACAUGUUGGUCUGGCUACCCAAAGCCAUGUUGGGACUUGCAGCAUGUCGACGGGGUCUUUAUUGGGUUCUACCACACCAAGACUCUCGAGGAAUGCGUACGGAUAUGCACAGAUCAAAGCCCUCUGUGCAAGGGCGUAUCCUGGAACCCCGAUUACUCGAUCGGUUUUGCAAAUUGCUGGCCGAAGACGGGGUAUGAAAAUGCGAUCAAUACGCCUGCCGAAAAAGAUGGAAUCCUGCACUCCGUGACCAUCACGUCCUUCGACAGCGUGGAUGACAGCUGUCCAUCAACUGAGACGUACUCCACAACCAAUAACAACAACUUCGACAUACACUGUGGCCAGGCGAAUGACGGGACAAAUCUCACCCAGGUCCACACGCAGAACGUUACGUCGUGCAUGAACUCGUGCGCAACAACGGACAAAUGUGUCGGUGUGGUAUUCGACACGACGCUGCAAGACGGAUUCAAGAACUGCUACCUGAAGAACACAACCAGCACAACCAGAACAACCAGCACAACCAGCAACAAGGCAUCUGUAAUGUAUGCAUCGCUAUCUGGAUCCAGCAUUCCUUCCUCCUCCUCGACUUCCACAGCCGGCAACUCUACUUCCGGCUCCAACUCCAACUCCAAUUCUUCGUCGUCCUCCAGCAGUGGAAGCAAGGCAUGGAUCGCCGGACCCGUAGUCGGAGGCGUCGUUGGUCUUGCCAUCGUCGCCGGCGCAGCAAUCUGGUGGCGCAGACGAAAGAGCAAUGCCGAAGUGGGCGAGAAGCAUGACGGCGUGCAGUACGAUACCGUGCCUGGAUAUAGCCCUGGGCAAAAUCCAUAUGGUGCAGAGCAGCAGACGGCAUAUGCUCACCCAAUGAACGAGGCGGAUCCAGGAGCAGUGAGGAACGAGUUACCUGAGACGACGAAGUACGCGCAUCGUUCAGGGCAUGAGGGGCUUCAUGAGGCGCCGUGAUUGGAAUUCGACUUCGGCGUCGAUUGACUGGAAAGCAGAGGCGCGGAAUUGUUGAAGACGAGCCCAUAGGCAAUCACUUCAAACAAUUGAGGCCAUUUAUUUAGUACAGCAUAAGAGGCGUUAUUAGCAUGAUACCAAAGCAGCUUGUAGUGUGUUGCAAAGACCAACCGCCUCUAUCAUCAUCCUCUGAUGUGGACCGAUCUGCAAUGCGAGACCUGACACUCGAAGGCUGAAAGCACUCUUGAUGCUUCUCACUUUCCUUGAUUUCUCUCGUCAGUCACCACUUCAAUAUACGUCUUAGAGGCGAGAGAAAUGAGAGAU